AUGGCGUCCCUGCUUCAUUCCUUCAUUCUGUCCACGGAGGGGACGUGUGUCGGCGACGCGGCGUUUUCUCUUCUCGCCAAACUCGGCGGCGCCAAGCUAGGACUGGAGAAGAACUUGACGACUACGUUGUUCUACCUUCGCCACCCCGAGCUUCUGCAGCAGUUCAUGACUGAAUGGACUGCGACACAGAUCUUGGGGAGUCCCUCGCCAGAUGUUGAGCGUCAUCUGCACGCGAUGCAUUGCCACCGCACCGUGCGGCUGCGCCACCAGAGGACUCUCGCAGAUCUCGAAACCGUGUGCACGACUGCUGGGCUGCGAGAGCCCACGGCGUCUUCGGCUGUCGGCUUCUCGCAUGCGAACCGCACGCCGGGCAGCGGCGUCUUCCGGUCGCACAGCAGCAUCCACAGCGAGACCGACACCUGGCUAGAGGCUGAGGGCCUCGGCUUCGAAGAUGUGGGAGCUGAGCACCGAGUGACGGACUCUUCCUCGGUGACAGAGGCAGAGAAGUUCCUGCAGACUCUCCCGCCUGAGUUCACAGAGCUUCUGCAGGCCUCCGGGGGCAGCGUAUUGACCGCAGGCAGCUCGCCCGCGUGGCGCAUGCCCGACGGUGAUGAGCAGGGCGGCUUCUUUGGCGAUGAUCAGUACGAGCAAUGCAGCGCAUUUGACGGGGGUCAAGCCGCUGCGGCCUUCUCUCCGCUGCCGGCUUAUCCGCCAGAAGCCGCGGAGGAGGACCAGGAGAAGGCCUCCACGUUUGUCCCGCGCAGCAAGAUGGAGUUCUUCGAACACCAGCUGCAGAUCCUGUCAGACUUCCUCGUCGAUGUAGAGCAAACCGACAAGAAACUCGAUGGGUUCCUCGAGGAAGCCGAGACGCACGGCCAAGAGGGAGAGGAGGCGUGA